AUGCCGAGGGUCGAUACGGGAGUCAAAUGGAGUCAAUACGCCACGCGCGAAACUCGAGAAACUCGGGAAGCUCGUGAGGACGAGCGAAGUGUGGAGCCAGCCAUCGCAUCGUACAGCGACGACGACAUCGACGACGAUUUUGAGGUCAUUGACUUGGAUACCUUGGAAGUGGACGACCUGGUCAUCGUUCGGGAGGACUUCAUUAGCGACAGCGAUGAUGGCGAGGAAUUGCUUCGUGGGCAACGGGGACAAAUUGUGGAGAUCGAUGUGGAUGGGGAUGCGUACAUACGUUUCAGAGAACACCGCAAGAAGCAAUGGGUCUACAGCCAAAACUUCAUGUACCUGGCCAAGGUUCUCUUUGAUAAGGGGGACGCAGUGGUUGCGAGGCGAAGUUUCGAAUGCGGGAGCAUGCAUGUUCGACGAGGGCAGAGGGGCGGCGUGUGCCGUGUGGAUGCCGGUGGCGAUGUGUUGAUCAGCUUCAGCGGCGACUUGGGGGAGCAAUGGGUCCAAUACUACAGCUUGGUGUUCUUGGAGAAGGAGAAGCCCAAAGCAGCUUCUGGAGCCAAGGAGGCCAAGCUCUGGUUGUACAAUCCGCCGCAUUUUCGCGACGUGGCCAUCCGUACCACUCCUUCCAUCGAAGGUCCAAGGACCAACUUGACCCUGAGACCUGGCCAGCGCUUCAUGGUUUCGGAGGAAAUCAUUGGUUCUGACGGCAUCCUGUACUUGAGACUAGCUGAUGGUACUGGCUGGAUGUUUGAGAGCAAACCUGGUAGUGGCACACUAUGUGUCCCUCAGGCUGGCGGAAUGCCCAAGGACCUCCUGGCACGGCUGGGCGGUCCUGCAGGUCGACAGGAGGACGAUGACAAGAUCAUGCAUGUGGAGGAUGCGAAGGCAUUUCUCAUUAGCAUGGACAAGGUUCUGGCCUCGAAGCCAGUGCAGUCACUUGUGGAAGGCCUGCGCGAGGUUCCAGGUAACAAGCAACAUCUGACAGAGGUGCAGAAAGGGCUGGAGAUGGAACUGGUUCGAGAGAAGGCCAAGCGGCUGCUGGUGGAUGCUUGCAAAGGCGUUUUCAAGCGCUUUGGCUUCGAGGUGUCCCAAGAAGGCCAGGAGGAGCUGAUCGAAGCGCUGCGGGAACACGAGCACGAUGACACGGUCUACAUCGUGGCCACCAACAUCGAGAUGGCCUUGCAGAUUCCCGCGGGAGGCUGGUUUGGCCUUACCCAGCUGCGGAAAGGGAUGGAGGUUGCCGUGAACGAGCUUGGCCCGGGCGAGUUGCUGGGGAAGACAUCGGCGCUGGAGCGUUUCCACAAUGGAAAAUGGCAACUGCGCUUUGGCGACGAGGUGACCUUUCUGGCUCCGGAACAGCUGGAUCUCCGGCCAGACCCACAAGCGCAUAAGGAGUUGGCAAAGCAAAGGAAUCGGAAGGUGUCCAUGAAGGAGGAAGAUUUGGCGCAUCAGGCGCAGCUGAUGUCUUCCACAGCCGCUGCGCGCAAACAUCUGCCGUCCGGCGGUAAGGUGCCAGAGAAGGCUCCCUGGUGGCAAACAUGCUUUGACCGUGCUAGCUCCCGCGCAGACAGCAGGAGACUGGAACGAGAGUACUUGGCUCUUGCUUCUGGAUCUGAGGAAGCCUUUUGCGAGAGUUUGAAGCAAGGGAGGAAGGUGGCAAAGUCCCCCUGGCCGCCCCUGGCCAUCCAAGAUGAACCCCUGCGGCCGGUGCACCAGAUGAUCGAGGAGAUCGAAGCUGCCGAUCACAGGGACCAGGUGCAGCAGAGCUUUCGCGCCCUGGCGCGUCGCCCCCGGGCCGCAGCAAGUGCAAGCUCCAACCUUUCCACCGUUUCCGGAACGUCAAGCUCCAGUCAGCCAGGUCGAAGAAGAGGUGCCUUCAGUAGUCGCGCAGGAGCCCUGCGGGAGGAGGAGGAGGAGAGACAAGCAAUACCCGAAGCGGAGGAGGAGGAGGAUUCUGAUGAGCUGAGGAGUGCUGAGGCUCACGCCCAACGCGGCGAUCUCAGGCCACUGCUACGACAACAGAAGUUUGCGUGUGCUCGGAAAGAUGCUGCCUUGCGGCUCAUGACGGGCAACAUCGAGGGCGAUGCCGGGACUUUGGCUGUGGAGGGGCGAAACCAAGAGCUGCCUCCCCGCCUUACCAGGGCGCAGUGCGCACAAGAAGAGUUUGAACGUCAGCGAGCGCGAUGGCACUUGCACAUGCUCUUGGGGCAGGCCAAGGGAACUUGGGAGCUUUGGAAGAAGGUCUGGCGCGUGGAAGCAAUCCACGUGAACGCAGCUGGCAGGAGAGACCGGCCCCCGCGUCCUGGACUGGGGACUUUGGUGGCCUUCCCAGUUUCAGUGAUGGCCCUGGAUUCUUCAAAGGCGGAUUUCCAUAGCGCUUGCCACCCCGGUGAUUUCGACAUGAGGGAGCCACUGCGGGCCAAUGAAAAAGACAUGCACGCAGGGUGCGAUCUUAUGACAUUUCGCAGCAUUUGGGAACGGGCCACCUAUGGAACCAUGGAGACGAUGGUAAUGGGGCAAAUGAUCAUCCAGUACUAUCCAAUACCAAGCCAUGUUGGUUGGCUUUCAAUAACCAGCCAGGUUGAGGCGCGGACCACAGCCCCCCACAGGAACGUAAGGCAGCGGUCGAUUGUGCAAUAA